AUGUCUUCAGUCAAUUCUGGGCCCGUUCUCGCCGCGGCUAUUGCUCCAAUCGUUGGCAACAACGAUUUCCCCUUUGCCGCCGCAACCAAUGCCGAGGCCCCGGCUCUUCCUAGCGGCUUUCCGUCUGAACUGAGAUCCAAGUUGGCUUGGACUGGGUCUGACUUUGCCGAUGAAUCCAAGUACAUCUUGUGUUUGACCGGCACUGACUUGGCCGAAGUCAAGCAGGCUAUUGCCGAAUACAAAUCUCUUGACCAGGAUGGUUAUCUCGUCGAGCCGAAUACCUUCCAGCUUCCCACGCUCGGUUUGAAGCUCAGAGCACUUGGACAGGAUGUCCAUUUCGGCAAGGGUUUUAGCGUAAUUCGGGGCCUUGAUCGCGCAGCUUUCUCUGUUGAGGACCUGACAUUGGCCUACAUGGGCCUCCAAUCGUACAUCGCGGAGCAACGCGGUCGACAAGACAAGCGCGGUAACAUGCUCGUGCACAUUGUUGUGGAUGACAGCACCAAACAGGCUGCUGAGCAUCAUCGCCACUCAAACAAGUCCAUCACUUUCCACAAUGAGGAGGCUGGCGAUAUUGUCAGCUGGUUGACGAGGAGCACAGCUGCAACUGGGGGCAAGUGUAUCAUUGCUUCUGCGUACACCAUCUACAAUGUCUUGGCUGCCACUCGACCCGACAUCAUUCGGACUUUGGCGCGCAGCGACUGGCCCUUCUCCAUGCCCCGCUUUCAAUGCCGUCCGGUGAUAUUUUACGAAGAUUCGAAGCUCAUCAUGAACUUUGGCCGAGCGGCUCUUCUUGGGAACCAGGCCCAUCCCCGUCCUCAGCAUCUGCCAUCCUUGACUGCUCGUCAAGUGGAGGCUUUGGAUGCAAUUGAGGCCAUCGCGAAGGCGUCUCAGAUGGAGAUCCAAACCCAGGCUGGAGACAUACACUUCAUCAACAAUCUGGCUGUUCUGCACCGUCGGGAGGGCUUCGUGAACGGAGAGGAUGCAUCUACUCAGCGCCAUCUGGUUCGCAUGCGCCUUCGAAGCACCGAGCAUGGUUGGCCUAUUCCUCAGGAACUAACUCAAGAGUGGGACGAGGCUUUCAAGAACAAGGGCAUCAAGCGCUGGCAUCUGGAGCCCAUGCCAGCGUACUAUUUCCCCCUCCGAAGCCAGCCCAACUGAGUCACGGUGAUCUUGACGAGAGCGUAUACGAUUCCACGGUAUCAAGUGGACGCGUUUCCUUCAUCAUUUCUGC